GGGAGGCGGCAGCGGGUGGGUGACAACUAGCUAGCUAGUUAGUUUGUGCUCAGGUUUAUUGUUAAGGUUGUAUGGAGUAGCACUGUGAUUCUCAAUCCCUUUUGACAAUAUCAACAAAAGCAUUAGCCAUGAGUUAAUGAUACUAGUCCUACUCUUAAGAAAGGAGACCACACACUACAUCAGCACAGCUGUUUUUUCCACACACUGAGGAACAGAGUCACAUCAGCUGAAGGAACCUUUCUACCAGCAAUGAAUGAAACCAGGAAAGAAGAGACACAGCUCCACCAACACUAAUACACACACUUACAUUAAUACCAAACAUACAACCUUUUAUUCCCUAAUCGUGUCUUGCCUCAACAUGGCAAACUCAGUGGCCACUCUAGUGGUCCAAGCGGAACUAUUACCCCCUCAAUCGUCCUCCUCCCUCUCUCCCUUCCCAUCGCUGCAGGGAUCAGGAGAAGGGGAGGAGGACAGGGAAAGGGGGGAAGAAGUGGAUGGGGAGAAAGGGAUGGUGGAGGGGAAUGAGGAUAUAGUGCUAACCAGGGUAGGGGUGCAGAUGGUGACGUCAUCGGUCCAUCUCCAGGAGCACCCUGAGCACCCGUUCCAGUGCCUGGACUGUGGCAAGAGCUUCAAGUGGUCUUCAAGGCUGGCCCACCACCAGCGCAGCCACAACAACGAGAGACCCUACCGCUGUAACCUCUGCCCCAAGGCCUUCAAGGGCUCCUCCGCACUCCUGUACCACCAGAGGUCUCAUUCAGGGGAGAAGCCCUAUAAGUGUGACGACUGUGACAAAGCCUUCAAACGCUCCUCUCUGCUCCAGGUCCAUCGUAGUGUCCACACAGGCCUGCGGACCUUCCAGUGCCCCUACUGCCCGCUCACCUUCAAGUGGAGCUCCCACUACCAGUACCACCUGCGCCAGCACACGGGCGAGUGCCCCUACCCCUGCGACAGCUGCCCCAAGGCCUUCAAGAACUCCAGCAGCCUGCGCCGACACAAGAAUGUUCACCUGGGUCUGAAGCCCUACGUGUGCACCGUGUGUACCAAGGCCUUCACCCAGUCCACCAACCUCAGACAACACAUGAGAAUCCACACAGGAGAGAGGCCCUACAUCUGUGGAGAGUGUGGACGCAGUUUCACACACUCGUCCAAUCUGGCCCUGCACCGAAUUCUCAAAGUCACACUGGAGGCCACGGUGGGGUUGGGGGUUGGGGAGGUGUUCCUAUCGUCAGGUCACCUCCUGCCCCAUCUCACCCUCACCCCCACCCAGGGGGGCGUGUGCACAUCCAGGGCCAUCGGGACAGAAGUGCACAUGAGCACGGAGUCGGGCGCCAGCGUGCUGCUGUACAGCUGUGGCAGCUGUAGUCAGACAUUCAGCACACGGACAGAGCUAGAGGACCACCAGGCCAUGCACCUGGGCCCUGGGGAGGAGGGGGGCAGCGGGGAGGGGGGAGAGGGAGGGGUGGGGCAUCUGCUGGCUGACUUUGAGGAGGUGGUGGAGACGACGGCAGCAGAGAACGGACACACUACUGCUGAACUACUGGGACUGACCGGGGGAGUGGACGGAGGGAAUAUGGGGACUACCCAGGCCCAGUUCGACCUGCUGCAGAGCUUCACAGUGGGGGCUCAGAUCCCCACAGACAGCGUGGAGACAGCGGGUAGCACCACAGGUACAGGGAUGGGCACAGAGUGCGUCUACUGUGGGAAGAGCUUCAAGACCAGCGGAGGGCUCAACAGACACCUGGCACAGGUCCACUCCCUCUCUCCCUCCCAGUCUCGCUCCCAGUUCAGCUGCUCUGCAUGCGACCGCUCCUUCACCCUCCUCUCUUCCCUGCUCACCCACCAGCACUCCCACACCCCUGAGCAGCGCCUCCUGGCCGAGGCUGAGGCGGAGAUCGUCUGCCCCGCGUCCCUGUCCCUUUCCCUGCCCCUUCCCUCCUCCCCCAGCCAGGGGGACCAGCACCAGGACACCCAGGGGGACAUCCACGUCCGCCUGAUGGCUGUGACCGAGGAGGGGGACAGGGAGGUGGUGAAGGCAUCCAGCAGAGCAGUGGUCAAGGGCCAGAGGAGAGGAGCAGCUAAGAGGCCGUACCGUUGCUCUGAGUGUGGGAAGGCCUUCAAGGGCUCAUCAGGUCUGAGGUACCACAUGAGGGACCACACAGGAGAGAGACCCUACCGCUGCACAGAGUGUGGCAAGAGCUUCAAGAGGUCCUCACUGCUCUCCAUACACCAGAGGGUGCAUACAGGUGUGCGAGCGUUCCAGUGCCCCUACUGCCAGCUCACCUUCAAGUGGAGCUCCCACUACCAGUACCACCUGCGCCAGCACACGGGCGAGCGGCCCUACGUGUGUCAGGAGUGUGGCAAGUCCUUCAAAAACAGCAGCUGUCUGAGGAGGCACAGUCAGCUCCACUCUGGCCUGCGCCCUCACAUCUGUCCCAUCUGCUCCAAGUCCUUCUCACAGACCUCCAACCUCAAACAGCACGAACGCACCCACUCAGGCGAGCGGCCCUUCCAGUGUGCCCAGUGUCACAAGAGCUUCACCCACUCCUCCAAUCUCCAGCUCCACCUGAGAACCCACUCCUCCAGGAAGGACUACAAGUGUCCCUUCUGUGGGAAGGAGUUUGUCAUGCAGUCCUACUUGCAGAGGCACAUGAGGACCCAUGGGAACGGGGCUGUGGCCGGGGACGCUGGGGUGGGGGGGAAGGAGGGAGGCAGGGCAGGUAAAGGGGGUGGAGGGGUGACAACCACCACCACCUUACUAAACCCCAUCACCCUAGAGACCACAGGGAACUCUGGGUCUCUGAUCGUGUCUCAGCCUGCGCUGGACAUUCCCCCCAACACCUCCCAGAACUACUUCAUGAUCCAGACAGCAAAUGGGCUUCAGCUCAUCCCCCUGUCUGCCCCCGCCCCCCUCCUCCCCUCCGCCUCCCCCAGACACAGUACAUCCUCCUACAAUGCCCCUCCACCAAUGGGAGCCAGCCCAGCCUGA